AUGGCUGAGAGUGCAGUGGGUUUCCUUCUGGAAAGGCUUGCACCUGUUUUUGAGAAUAAGUUGAAAUUGUUCACAGGGGUUCAAGCAGAAGUGAUAUUCCUAAAAGGACAGUUGGAGCUGAUAAGAGCCUUCUUAAGGGCUGCAGAUGCAUUAGAAGAGAGUGAUGAGGAACUUAAAGUUUGGGUUAAGCAAGUCAGAGAUGUUGUUCAUGAGGCUGAAGAUCUUCUUGAUGAAUUGGAACUUGUCCAGGUACAUAACCAUACAAAUGGAUUCUCUAUUUAUCUCAGUAUCAGGAAUAUGAAAGCACGCUAUCGGAUUGCUCAUGAGUUAAAAAGCAUAAACUCACGUAUGAAAACUAUUUCUUCAAAUCGUAAGAGAUUCCUCAGUAAACUGGACAGUUCUUCAGAGGCUUCAAAUUCCAUAACUAGAGGUAACACAUGGCAUGAUCAACGAGGAGAUGCCCUUCUCCUGGAAAACACUGAUCUAGUGGGCAUAGACAGGCCAAAAAAGAAGUUGAUAGAGUGGUUAAUCAAUGGUUGUCCUGGACGAAGUGUGAUUUCUGUUACGGGAAUGGGAGGGAUGGGGAAAACUACUUUGGUGAAGAAAGUAUACGAUGAUACAGAAGUAAGAAAACACUUCAAAGCCUGUGUUUGGGUGACUGUUUCUCAAUCUUGUAAAAUUGAGGAGCUUCUAAAAGACUUAGCCCAGAAGCUCUUUUCUGAAAUAAGGCGACCAAUUCCAGAGGGGAUGGAAAGCAUGUGUAGUGAUAGGCUGAAGAUGAUUAUCAAAGAAUUGCUGCAGGGGAAGAGGUAUCUAGUGGUAUUUGGUGAUGUGUGGCAUAUGUAUGAAUGGGAAGCUGUCAAAUAUGCAUUGCCAAACAAUAAUUGUUGCAGCAGGAUCAUGAUAACCACUCGCAGAUCUGAUUUAGCCUUUACUUCCAGCGUAGAAUCCAAUGGUAAGGCGUAUAACUUGCAACCCUUGAAAGAAGAUGAGGCUUGGGAUCUAUUUUGUAGGAACACCUUUCGUGGUGAUUCAUGUCCCUCAUAUUUGAUUGACAUCUGUAAAUACAUCUUAAGAAAAUGUGAGGGUCUUCCCCUUGCAAUCGUGGCAAUCAGUGGUGUCCUGGCUACAAAAGACAAGCGCAGGAUUGAUGAGUGGGAUAUGAUUUGCCGUACUCUUGGAGCUGAAAUUCACGGCAAUGGCAAACUUGAUAGUUUUAAAACUGUACUCAAUCUCAGUUUUAAUGAUUUACCUUACCAUUUGAAAUACUGUUUCUUGUACUUAAGCAUCUUUCCCCAGGACUAUCUGAUUCAGCGCAUGAGAUUGAUUCGCUUAUGGAUAGCAGAAGGAUUUAUUGAAGCCAAAGAAGGAAAAACAAAGGAAGAUGUUGCAGAUGAUUAUCUGAAGGAGCUCCUGAACAGAAAUUUAAUACAAGUAGCAGGGACAACAUCUGAUGGAAGGGUCAAAACUGUGCGAAUCCAUGAUCUUCUACGGGAGAUCAUUGUUUUGAAGUCUAAGGACCAAAACUUUGCAUCCAUAGUCAAAGAACAAAGCGGGGCAUGGCCUGAAAAGAUUCGGCGGCUUUCAGUGCACGGCAUAUUACCAUAUUGGCAACAACAUAGGUCUGUCUCUCAACUCCGUUCUCUUUUAAUUUUUGGGGUUGGAGAACUUGUAUCCCUCGGUAAACUGUUCCCAAGUGGUUUUAAACUGCUUAGUGUUUUAGAUUAUCAAGAUGCACCUUUGAAGAAGUUUCCACUAGUAGUUAUUGAUCUAUAUCAUUUAAGAUAUCUAAGCUUAAGGAACACAAAGGUGAAAAUGGUUCCAGGUCACAUAAUAGGGAAGUUGCAUAAUCUAGAAACGCUAGAUCUUAAGGGGACUUCUGUCAGAGAAUUGCCUGUAGAUAUUCUAAAGAUUCAAAAGCUACGCCAUCUCCUUGUGUAUCAGUUUAAAGUCAAAGGCCAUGCCCAGUUUCACUCCAAACAUGGUCUUAAGGCCCCCACUGAAAUAGGAAAUUUAAAGUCAUUGCAGAAGCUUUGUUUUGUGGAGGCAAACCAAGACCGUGGAAUGAUAAUAAGGCAGUUAGGGGAGCUAACUCAGCUAAGAAGGUUAGGAAUCUUGAAACUUAGAGAGGAAGAUGCAAUGGAUUUCUGUUUGUCCAUUGAGAGAUUAACUAAUCUUCAUGCUCUCUCUGUUGCUUCUGAGGGCGAGAAUAAAGUCAUUGAUCUGACAUUCCUUUGUUCACCCCCUCCGUUUCUUCAACGCUUGUAUUUGUCAGGGCGUCUACAAGAGUUACCAAGUUGGAUACAGUCUCUUCAUGGCCUGGCCAGGUUAUUUCUGAAAUGGAGCUGUUUAAACUAUGAUCCUCUAGUGUAUCUUCAGGAUCUGCCAAACCUUGCACAUCUAGAACUACUUCAAGUUUAUAAUGGUGACACUUUGCAUUUUAUGUGUGGAAAGUUCAAGAAGCUCAAAGUUUUAGGUAUCGACAAAUUUGAUGGACUCAAACAGGUGACAGUGGAGAAGGAUGCAAUGCCUUGUCUAGAAAGGCUGAGCAUAGGGCGUUGUGAAUUGUUGAAGAAGAUUCCGUCAGGCAUUGAGAAUUUGACUAAGCUGAAAGUCCUUGAGUUUUUCGAUAUGCCAGAUGAACUGAUGAAGACAAUAUGUCCACAUGGUCCAGGAAAAGAUCACUGUAAAGUUUUACAUAUACCAGAUGUUUAUUCUACCUACUGGAGAGAUGGAGGUUGGGAUGUUUAUGCUCUAGACAGUUUCAGCAGAGAUUGUUCUGCUAGAUCUGGCACUGUCAUGAGAAGUCAUGAACCUCGUAUUCAGUGGAAAGUGUAG